AUGCAGGAACGCUUCAGCGUUCAACUGCAUGUGUGCGCUGACUACGCAAUCUGGCAGCCGGACUCGAAGACAACGCCUACCGCUGGCUUUAUGGAUAUACAAGUGUGCCGCUACAUUUUGUUGCAUGCCGGUGAUCAGUUUUGCUAUCUGUGGCGCCAGGAGGCGGAGGCGUUGAAGCUGCACGAGAAUCCCGACGGUACGAUUGCCUGGAAGAAAGCCGUGCAGGGCAUACGGGAAAUCUGCGAUGUCUGCGAUACAACGCUAUUCAACUAUCACUGGACAUGCAGAAAGUGUGGCUUCGGUGUAUGCAUCGAUUGCUACAAGGAUCGCAAGGAGGGACUGCAAAACAAGCGGCGAGUCGAGGCUCAGCGAGGUUACGAUGCCUACCACUGGCUGCUCUGCACCGACAGCGAUAAGCAGCAGCAGCAUACGCUGCCCGAGCUGAUGCUGACCCAAAUUAUUGCAGGCGAUGCACUUAAUGUGCUCGGCCGUCUGUUGCACGAGGUGCGCACUUUGUGGCAGGUGCCGCAAGUGUGYGGCUGUCUGCUCAGCAAACAGCAGGUGAAGGACGAGCAGCUGACGCAGCUCAUUCAAGACAUGAUCAAGGAGUCACAGCUGAAGCAGCAAACCAGCGCCUCUUCCUUGGCCACCGCUCAGAAGGUGCAGCAGCAGCAGCGGCUGGAGCARCUGCACGCCAAGAAACUGGAAUUCGCCMGACAAAAUGGCAUUGACUAUGUGCCCGGUCGCGUCUGGACCAAGGAGACACUCGGCAAGGAUCCCAUCACCAGCGCUUUUGAUAACUUCAAGCACAUAAAUUUUUUGCGUAAGGGCCUCGCCGGCUUGCGACGCUUCUUGCCACCACGCGCCAUGACCCUGGUGCACUCGACGCAACUGGCGCCGGGUGUUCCCCAUGAAUGGCUAUGCGAUGGCAAAUUGUUGCGCCUCACCGAUCCCAUGCAUCCCGAUAAUCGGGUACUUUUCCAAGAGGUGUGGAAAUGCGGACAGCCGGUGAUGAUAUCCGAGGUGGCUCGCUCGCUCAAUCUGGMCCUAUGGCAUCCGCAGGCCUUUUGCCGUGACUUUGGAGACAAACCAAACGAUUUGAUAAACUGCCUGAAUGGCAAUUUGGUGCCCAAUCAGCCGAUGCGCCACUUUUGGGAGGGUUUCCAGUGCAUGCACAAACGCUUGCUCGACGCCAAUGGCAAGCCAAUGCUGCUGAAGCUCAAGGAUUGGCCGCCGGGCGACGAUUUCGCCGAAAUACUGCCCACUCGCUUUGCGGAUCUGAUGAGGGGUCUGCCCAUGCCCGAGUAUACGCUGCGCACUGGCAAUCUCAACAUAGCCAGCUGCUUGCCCAAAAUGUUUGUGCCUCCCGAUUUGGGGCCGAAGAUGUACAAUGCCUAUGGCUCGGCACUGCAUCCGGAUAAGGGAACCACCAAUUUGCAUCUGGACAUAUCGGACGCAGUCAACAUAAUGGUCUACGUGGGCAUACCCACGGAUGAGGACAGCAAGCCCCAGCUGGCGGCCACACAGCGCGCCAUUGCACUGGGCGGCUGUGAAUAUAUCACACGGGCCCGUUGCCAGUCGCCGGAUGUGCUGCCUGGCGCACUGUGGCACAUCUUUCCCGCACGCGAUGCGGACAAGAUACGGGAUCUGCUKAAUCGCGUCACCCUGGAGAAGGGCUUCAGGCUGGAGCCGGACCACGAUCCCAUACAUGACCAAAACUGGUAUCUCGACGACAAGUUGCGUGCGCGCCUGUUCAAGGAGUAUGGCGUCGAGGGCUAUCCGAUUGUCCAGUGCCUGGGCGAUGCAGUCUUCAUACCUGCCGGUGCACCGCACCAGGUGCAGAACUUGCACAACUGCAUCAAGGUGGCCGAGGAUUUUGUUUCCCCGGAGAAUAUUACCCACUGCUAUCAUCUGACCCAUGAGUUCAGGCGGCUUUCGCAUUCGCACACCAAUCACGAGGACAAACUCCAGAUCAAGAACAUUAUCUAUCAUGCAAUUAAGGACUGUUGCACUAUAUUGACGCGUGCCCUGGAGGAACGCAUCGAUCUGGAGUUGGCCAAGGCACAGGCUGGGCAGUAGAUGCGAUUCCAUUUCGGGUUUAGGAUUUUA